ACUGGGUGCGUCUCCACCUGCCGUGCGGAGCGCGCGGGCCUGGGGACGGCCGGGCUGCGCCCCGCUGACCGCCGGGCGGGUCAUGGGCGACCGCGAGCGCAACAAGAAGCGGCUGCUGGAGUUGCUGCGGGCGGCGGGCACCGGCAACGCGCACUGUGCGGACUGCGGGGCGGCAGAUCCCGACUGGGCCUCUUACAACCUGGGGAUCUUCAUCUGCCUCUACUGCUCCGGCGUCCACCGCAACUUCCCGGACAUCAGCAGAGUUAAAUCCGUGAGACUUGACUUCUGGGACGACAGCAUCGUGGAGUUUAUGACCCACAACGGAAACCUCCGUGUGAAGGCCAAGUUCGAAGCCAGAGUCCCAGCUUUCUACUACGUCCCCCAGGCCAACGACUGCCUGGUCUUGAAGGAGCAAUGGAUUCGAGCAAAAUAUGAGAGACAGGAAUUUAUGGCCGAUGGGAAAAUCGUCUCCCCACCAGGCAACCGGGAAGGCAUCCUGUGGAAGCGAGGGCGGGACAACGCACAGUUCCUGAGAAGGAGGUUUGUCCUUCUGGCAAGAGAAGGCGUUCUGAAGUACUACACUAAGGAGGAGGGUAAAAGCCCCAAGGCUGUCAUCAGCAUCAAGGACUUGAAUGCCACCUUCCAGACAGAGAAGAUAGGGCAUCCUCACGGACUGCAGAUCACCUACAGGAAAGAGGGCCACACCAGGAACCUGUUUGUGUAUCACGAGAGUGGGAAGGAGAUAGUGGACUGGUUCAAUGCCCUCCGUGCAGCCCGGCUGCAGUACCUGCAAACGGCCUUUCCUGAGCUCCCAGAGUCGGAGCUCCUGCCCCACCUCACGAGGAAUUACCUCAAACAAGGCUUCAUGGAGAAGACGGGUCCAAAGCACAGAGAACCUUUCAAGAAAAGGUGGUUCGCCCUGGAUCCCCAGGAGCGGAGGCUGCUCUAUUACAAAAACCCACUGGACGCCUUUGAGCAGGGCCAGGUCUUCCUCGGGAGCAAGGAGCACGGGUACGAAGUCUGUGAAGACCUGCCCAAGGGCGUCCGGGGGAACCGCUGGAAGGCCGGCCUCACCGUGGUCACCCCGGAGCGGAGAUUCGUCCUCACCUGCCCCAGCGAGAAGGAGCAACGCGAGUGGCUGGAGAGUCUGCGGGAGGUCCUGGCCCGCCCCCUGACGCCCCUCCACCUCCUCGCUGCAUCAACAGGAAGUGGCCAUAGCAGCAGGUGAUUGGUCCCUCAGGAGCUGGCUGCCCACUGAACACCUGGAGCUCCUGGUGGGAAGAAGUGUGCACUUUGGCCACCCAGAGGAAGUGCCUCACAGUCAGCAGCCUCCCCCACUGGCCAGCCUUGGGGACCUGGGGCUCUGGCACACAGAUGAACACAUGUGCCUCCCGCGCCCUGCGUAUACCCAGGCUUGAAAUGGCCACACGGGCCAGGACUUCCUCACACCACGUGAUGCCUCAUGCAGGUGGCAUCUGGCCCACACUCAGAAAGUUUAGUCUGGACCUCACCAAGCAAAUGCGCAUUGGAGGCCUUGUGCUGAAAAACUGGCCUGGACUCGCUGAACCGUCAGUGUUGUGAAAGGGGAAGUAGUCUGGGAACUGCCUGAGGUUCAAGGAGACGAAGACUCAGCAACCAAGUCGACUCUUGAUUGGACCAUGGAUCUGGCAAGGGCAGAACUGGAGGAAUCAGAGUGUGGAAAUAUGAAUGUAUAUUGGCUAACAGUGCUGUAAGAUCGAUAAUUGUGUCCUGUUUUUGUAGAAUGCUCUUGUUCUUAGGAGACAUAUGCUGAAGUAUUUAGGGAUCAAAUGUCAUGUCUACAACUGAUUUCUUAAAUGGCUCAGCAAGAAAAUUAGUGUAUGUGUACACAUACUUAUACAGAGUAUAUAAAUAUGUAUGGGAGGGGUCAGUGCCGGGGGGCAGGGUUAGGCCACAUAGGAGAGCUAGAUCCAGUCCUGGCUGCUCCACUUCUGAGCCAGCUCUCUGCUAGUGUGUCUGGGAAAGCAGCGGAGGAUGACGCAAGUGCUUGGGCCCCUGCACCCAUGAGGGAGACCUGCACAAAGCUCCCGGCUCCUGGCUUCAGCCUCGCCCAGCUUCUGCCAUUGUAACUACAUUAUGAGUGAACCAAUGGCAGGAAGAUCUCUCGCUAACUCUGCCUGUCAAAUACAUUUUUUUUUUUUGACAGGAAGAGUUAGACAGUGAGAGAGAGAGACAGAAAGAAAGGUCUUCCUUCCAUUGGUUCACCCCCCAGAUGGCCACCACGGCUGGCACGCUGCACCAAUCCGAAGCCAGGAGCCAGGUGCUUCAUGUGGGUGCAGGGCCCAAGCACUUGGGCCAUCUUCCACUGCCUUCCCAGGCCACAGCAGAGAGCUGGCCUGGAAGAGGGGCAACUGGGACAGAACUGGCGCCCCAACUGGGAUUAGAACCCGGGGUGCUACAGGUGGAAGGGUAGCCUAGUGAGCUGCAACACC